AUGUUUGCCAUACAGAAAUCUGAGGCCUGUGCUCAUCAGUCUCCAUUUUAUGAGCCAAAGUCUUUGGGAAGCCUUCCAUUCGCCAAUGUGAAGGACAGAAAGCAGGAUACCAACUUUAAUAUUCUGGAGGAGGCCUACGAUAAAAAUGAAAACUGGAGGAAGGACAAGAGGGAAGGAGAUGACAGAGAAGAAAAACUUAAUGAGGAAGAGGACCAACUAGCUGUAGAAGACAAUAGGACCCAUCAAAAGAAAAUAGCGAUGGCACAAUUAAAAGUAGCCAGGUCUGAAGGGAUUAGUUUGUCUUCGUCAGAGGAAGAGGUUAGGAGCCCACCUGAAGGUGCCGAAAUUAUGCAGCUAGGAGGGGAUACACCUAAAGAUAAACCAAGUGGCUGUAAUGAAUGGGCCAGUUCACCACUAGAAGACAAUGGUUAUGCUAGCAGUUCACUUAGCAUUGAUAGUCCUGACAGUAUCACUAUUGACGCAUGGGAUGAUGAUAAUACAUCAGUCCCAACAUCCACACAACAGGAAGUACCUGAAAUAGAAAAUUCUGAUGAUGAGUCCUCAACAGAUUCAGAAUCCCUUACACAAACACUAACAGAAGCCUUCCAAAGUUUGCAGGACAAGGAGAAACUAAAGGAAUUAGAAAAGGAAAAACAUCAUGCACAGUUAACCAUGUAUAGACGGCUGGCUCUCCUGAGAUGGAUCAGAGGCCUCCAACAACGGGUUAAGGAUCAGCAGAACAGGCUUCAAGAAAGCUUUGACACUAUUCUUGACAACCGCAAAGAGAUCUUGAAAUACAUCCAGCAUGGCUACAAUAAAUCACCUACUAAAGAAGCAGCAUGA